UGUCUAUAGACUUAAGAUUGCUGCUGUGCUGAAGGUCACUGUUUGUGUCUCAAAAUUCGUUUGGGUCUUCCGGUGACAUUGAUUACGACUUGUGCAAUCUUCAGUCCGGAAUUGCUUAUUAUGAAUUGUUUUGUGGUUAGAACGCCUUUCGGCCAUACAAUGAGCUUAUAUAAAACUCAUGGAUAUACCUUUUUUUGAGUCGACUUCCAACUAGCGAUAGUCAACAGCUGACACGUAGGAACGGUUACCCAACACAACCCGGGUUAGGUACCAUCGCCCACCUUGAGUCGUUCUCCUGUCGCCAGUGUUAUAAGAUGCUGCUCAAGAUCGCUGCUGUUUGCCUUUUUGCUUUUUUGGCUACAUUUUCCCCGUUCACCCAAGGUCAGGUAGCAUCUGUAGUCCCAGAGGAUUGCCUGGGAUGUUUGUGCCAGGCCAGUACAGGUUGUAACAUGACGAUUCCUUGCACAUCUGGUCACCAAUACCUUUGUGGCCCUUUCCUUAUUUCUUGGGCUUAUUGGGCAGACGCAGGCAAAUUCGUUCUAGCGAACGACGACCCUGAACGGAAAGGAGCUUUCGAGGCGUGUGUCCAAGAUGCUGUGUGUGCUGGAGAAACUGUACGUGGAUACAUGGCAAAAUUUGCACAGGAUUGCAACGGAGAUGGAGUAAUUAACUGUGAUGACUACGCGCACCUCCACAUUUUGGGCGGAUUCGGCUGCAACGCACCAGUUGCCCAGACGCCUUUCUACCAAGGUUAUCUCGCAUGUAGAAACACAGUCCAGUCUUUGUCGGGUUGAUUUUUGAUCGUAACUUAUCGCUGUUGCUAGCCGAAAAAGUGUCUUACAUUGUAUUAAAAGUCCUGUGGGAUUUAGUUAUUUAAACGAAAAAAUAGGAAUUGCUGAUGGGUUUUCAUCGAUUGAUUAUUAAAUACACGAUUGGCCACGAAA